UGAAGUUAAGUAGAGCUCCGCCGCGCAGCCAGGAGGGAACAACUGACAAUCUAUCCGUCCGAAAUAACUCCAGCUAGACAGGAUAUGUUGAGGACACACGGCUGGACUUUGGGAUUUUUCAUGGUCUCGGAAUCGAAGGAGUUUGAUUUUUGUGCAAAUCUAUGUAGGACGUGGCGUUUGCGGCAGCACUGAAGUAGUCUUAAAUUUCAGGCAAAAGAAACGCGUGUUUUCUUUUCUUUUUUUUUCAAAUAUAUUUUGCCGCAAAGACAGCAACAUCAACCUGGAAUACUCUUUUGAAUCAGGAAUGGUUUAUCCUUCCGAAGGUUUAUUCUACAUCGAAAUGGAUCAAGCGCCGCCAGCUCUCCCCCCCAGGUCCACAAAGCCAGCGUCGUCCACCACCAACAACAACUGCCUUUCGCCACCUACGCAUUCCCUGCAGGACGCCAAGUGGUACUGGGGAGACAUAACCAGGGAUGAGGUGAACGAGAAGCUCCGAGACACACCUGACGGCUCGUUCAUGGUGCGUGACGCAUCCACGAAGCUACAGGGGGACUUCACGCUGACGUUGAGGAAGGACGGGCACAACAAGCUGAUAAAGAUCUACCACUGCGAUGGGAAGUACGGCUUCUCCGACCCCCUCACGUUCACUUCGGUGGUGGAGCUCAUCUGGCACUAUCAGCACCACCCGUUGGUGGAGUACAACGCCACGCUGGACCUGAUGCUCACCCAUCCCGUGUCCCGCUUCCAGCAGGUCAAAGAAGACAGUGUCGAUGUCGCUGGACGAAAGCUUAAGGAGGUUCACUGUCACUAUCAGGAGAGGUCAAAAGAGUUUGAUCGCCUUUAUGAAGCUUUCACAAAGACCUCACAGGAGAUUCAGAUGAAGCGAACGGCAAUCGAGGCCUUUAACGAGACCAUGCUGAUUUUCGAGGAGCAGUGCCGCGAACAGGAGCGCUACGGGGAGAAGUUCGAGAUGAACAAUCACUCCGAGGGAGCCGACAAAGACCUGGAGAGCUUUCUGAUAAAUUACGAGAAGCUGAAGUGCCGUCUCGGGGAGAUAUACGAGAGCAAAAUCCAUCUCGAGGAUGACUUGAGAACGCAGGUGGAGGACUACAGGGAGACGGACAGGAAGAUCAACAGCCUGCGGCCCGACAUCAUCCAGCUGCGCAACAUCCGAGACCUGUACCUCAACUGGCUCAAUCACAAAGGCGUCAGACAGAAACGCAUAAAUGACUGGCUGGGGAUACUGAGCGACAGCCUUGAUGACACGUACGUGUUGAAGGGGGACGAGAAGAAUCUGCCACACCAGGAAGAGGCCAACUGGUUCGUGGGUGAGCUGAGCCGGACGCAGGCCGAGGAGAUGCUUCAGGAUAAGGCGCCCGGAACGUUCCUGAUCCGCGAGAGCAGCAAGCAGGGAUGCUACGCCUGUUCUGUCGUCGUGAAUGAAGAAGUGAAGCAUUGCAUGAUCUACAGCACGCCACAGGGGUACGGCUUCGCGGAGCCGUACGACGCCCACUGCUCGCUGAAAGACCUCGUCCUGCACUAUCGCCUGCACUCCCUAGCGCAACACAACGACGCGCUGGACGUCCGGCUGUCGCACCCCGUGCACGCCGAACCCGCCGCGGUCACGCCUUCUCAGCACGCGGAGGAGCGCAAACUCUUACAGACACCAAAACACACGGCGGGGCUCCCACCCACCGCUCCGGAAAUGUAACGUCGAGGGAUAGAGACAAAGGGACAUGUUUACUGUAUCCCGCGAGAAUGACUGCAUCAUGGUGCAUUGCGUUGAGUUUUGCACUACAGUGACUCCCAUCGUUUCUGUGAACGGGAUUUCACAGAGUUCAAUGGGACUGGAACUUGAAUGUCAGCUUGAACUUUUUUUUAAUUUUUGUUUCCGAAAGACUGUUUAAGCUUUUUUUUUUUGUUGUCGUUGUACUUCAUUUUAUUGCCGUUUGUUUAAUGGACAUCUUUUCGGUAGGGAUGUUGACAACCAGAAAAUUGCUCACUGACAUCAGGUGCUGCACCUUUGUUUGACUUUGACUUUUACAACCAGAGUUGAUGUAGCUGGAGAUGUCCAUUUCUCUAGUUAAAUUGUAUUCAGUUCUGAAAAUUUGACCUAUAGCUUAGACUUACUUGGUUGCUAUGGAGUUAUAUAUUUGUGCCUCAUUCCUGAGCGUGUAAUGGACUAUUGUGAGCACAGAAGAAAGAGAACUCAAGUUAGAGAACUCAAAUUAUAUUAAGUAGAGAAAUGAUUUAUUGUGGAAGGAACAGGUUAAUUAGGAGAAAAAAGAAAUACCUUUUUUUCCCCCGCAACAAAUGUAUUUACCCGUUUGCUAAUAUCCACAAACGCACCAAACAAUAACCUCGCUUACAUUUGCCCUUUUGAUGUGUACAUUUCAUAUCAAACAUAGCUUGUGUUAGGCAGAGGCUGCGUCAUCUCAUUAUAUAAGAAUGCCAUAACUUUGUUUGAUUUAUAGUUAAAUGAUCCAUUAAGUGCUUUAUAUAAUGCUUUGGGUUUCGGAGUUCCUUUGGCAGCUGGCCAUCACAAAGGAAGCGACUUCCUACGUGGCAGACGUUAAGCCAGCAACCCAACGUUAUAGCGAGGCGGUAAGCUGAUAAAGGAAAGAGCAGCCAACUACAUAUGUCACCAAAACCUCUUAAAAGAAUUAUGUGGGGCUUGUGGAGCUCACGUUAUCUUCUAGUGCUAGCGCACUCGCCUUGAAACAUGUAUUACUAACAAUCAGACACAGAAAAGACCUCCCCUAGUUGCGUGAUUGACCGACGCUUGCGCGUACGGUGACAUUGUGUCGAGUGCACAGUGAACCCAAAGACCGCCAGGCUUCAAAGCAAAUCUCCUUAGUGGCCAAAUGAGGGAAUUACAAUUUCCAGUUACGUCACGUUAUGCCGUGAGGCCGAGAAAUAUAGUUUCCCAUAGACUUACAGUGGGAAGGAGACUCUUUUUUUUUUUUUUGCUUCAUAGUGAUUAAGACUACAUCGGUGAGCAAAAUUCAUAGGAAUGAACUCUACACUGCUUCUCCCGUCCAGGCGUCUUUACACAUCGAGAGAUUUUUUUGAGAACGAGAAACAAUGAACGAGUGUCAAAUCACACAUUGAUGGUGUAAAUGAGUAAAACCUGAGGUGCACUCGUGUGGAUAAUAGGAAACACUCCAGUAUCUGGAGCGCAAAAUAGAUUUUAGUUCACUCAGACGAAACACUUCUUUGCAUGACACUCUAAAAGACACACAUUUCUGAUUGUAAAAUAUAUUUUUCUGUGCUCAAAAAGUCCCAUUGUGUUCUCCUGAAUGAGAAAUGCGUUCCUACUACUUAGUGCAUUCGCUAGGGGGAGAAUGGUGCUGUGGGCAGCCUGUUUCCGUCAUACUGGUUUGGUGGACCAAACCGUUUUUUGGGUAAAUGCCACGUGUGAAUAUGUGAAAAGUCGUGGUGCAUCUUGACAAUUUGCCCCUUUCCCCGAUAGACAUUCAUAUACAGUGGACAAUUAUGUAGCAUUAACAUCCUGUAGAAUACCAUUGUACGAGCAUACUCAAUGUUAUACCCAAUGACCAAAGCACUUAAUAGUGAACAAAACUACAUCCCUGUUAAGUCUGGUUAUUGCAUUUGGGCAAGGGGAGGGUAAUUAAUGUACACCUGCUGAUGUGCUGAUCAAAACAUAAUCUGAAGUACUGUAUGUUAUAUUCUGUUACUCAAAGAAGUAUAACCUUUUUGUAUUCUAUAUAUAUUUUUUCUAUAAACAUGCCACAAGAUGAAAGCUUGAAGAAAGUGCAAUCCAAUAGUAUUUCUACUGUUGCAAUGUAUGACGACGACGACGACGACGACGAUGAUGAUGAUGGUGGGGAAGGUAAUGCUGUUAUGAGAGGUUGACAUUUGCCACAAAAAUGCACUCUCUUUGGUGGUGUCGGUGUGAUGUGGCCUCCGAUGUUUGUGUGAACUGCCAGAGGUCCGGAAGUAUCCUGCCUCCAUUACUUGAACUGUGGCAUUGCUCGAGCUAUGAAUGUUUUUUUCAUGACAUGCAGCCUACAUAGCUUAAGAGGAAAGGAAUCCGUGUUGAACUUGGCGCAUUUUUCCAGUUUGAGGACAAUAGAUACUCUGUACAGAGAAAACUGUAAAAUGUAUUUCCGAGGUUGUUUAAAAAUAUAACUCCACUGGGGGGGAUUGAAGAAACUCCUCGGGUGAAGCUAAGCAAUGUGAGAUCCUGACCUUUUUCUUGCUGAAAGACAAUAAACUGAUGAGGGUUUUGUCAACUUAA